AUGGGGAGAUCAUUUGUCUGCUGGGUUUUGGAUAUUGCGACUCUGCCGGAGCUUCUCCCGCGGGGUUAUAGUAGGGGUCUGAGGUUCCGUUGUACAGUAUCCAACCUCACUUCGAUCAGGUACCCAGUUCAUGUUUCGACGGCCCGGUCAUCCCGAUCAGAAACUGGGAAGAAAAAGAGUUCCAAUCUCAUUCAACUCAGGCUAAAGAUAGGUUUUUGUGUCUGGAUCAAUGACACGGUCGGAUGUCGACGAAGAAUGUGGGACAGGAUCGGUCUGGAGCAGGUUUCUCUCGCGCGCUUUCAUAUUUCAACGAGGCGCAAGUUCCCAUCCCUUCCUUGGUGUGCCCAGAAGAUCUAG